UGGAGUAGUGACCGUCAACACUGCUGAGGACAGUGGGGCGAUAAUCGUUGAGGGGUAAUUAAAUUGAGGAUUUGAAGAAAUCUGAGUAUUCCAGCAUUCCUCUUAGAUUGCUAGUUAGCUAGCAACCACAAGCGGCGACGAUGUGGUACGAAAUAUUGCCUAGUUUUGCUAUCAUGACGGUUUGUCUGAUUAUUCCUGGUGUCGCCACUGCAAAUAUCCACAAAUUCACAAACGGCGGAAAGGAAAAAAGAAUCGCACGGGUUCCUUACCAGUGGUACCUGCUGGAGAGAGACCGGCGAGUGUCUGGUGUUGGACGACAUUAUGAAUCCAAGGGACUAGAAAACAUAAACUGAAGAUUCCGGACCGCCCGUCAAAAUUUGAAAUGAAUUUUGAUUGUUUAUUGUACAUGAAAGUUAUUAAAAGAUUCAUA